UGAACGAAGAAAAUGGGAUGAGCAGAUGACAAGAAGAACUAAACCAAAAGAGAGGGGACGAAGACUGAAGAAAGCUGUUGUGCUCGGGUGGGGAACUUUAGUACCAUGAUCUUCAUGCUGUUUACGGCGCUCGUGAUAUUUUCGAGACGAGCCUUUUUGCUGACCAAGGCCUUCGACUCGUCAUCGGUCCCAAUCGCAGUCACUGAAUCGCCGUCGCGAGCUCCGGGAAUGGCUGAGCCGGAGGAGAAGCGAAUAGACGAGGUGCUGUCGCACCUGAUCCUGCUGUCGCAGCGCGUCCGCUGGGCGGUGGAUGAGGCCGAGUCGUUCAGGUCCGAGUGCUCCGAGCUAGGCAAGCAGGCCGACCGCCUCUCCGACAUGCUCCACUCCCUCGUCCGCUUCACAGCCUCCGCUCCGUCCCUCUACGAGCGCCCCAUCCGCCGCGUCGCCACCGAGGCCUCCAGGAACCUGGAGCAAGCCCUAGCCCUAGCUCGCAAGUGCAAGCCCCACAACAUCCUCAGCCGCGUCCUCACCGUUAAUAGUGCCGCCGAAUUUAAGAAGAUCACGUUCCUCCUCGACGCUUCUCUCGGGGACCUGAAGUGGCUGCUCAUUGUCUUCGAUCCCGAAGGUAAGGGUGGUGGUUUUAUCGCGCUGCCCCCGGUUGCGAGUGAUGAGCCGAUUCUGGCUUGGGUUUGGUCCUGCAUCGCCUCGCUUCACAUGGGGCCCCUGCCUGUUCGAAUUAAGGCUGCAAAUAAUUUGGCUUUGCUCGCGCAAGCCAAUGACAGGAUCAAGACGAUUAUCGUGGAUGAAGGCGGCAUGCCUCCGCUGGUCAAGCUCCUGCAGGAGAGUUCGGCUCCCGAUGCUCGAAAUGCCGCCAUGACUGCGGUCCGCUACUUGGCCUAUGAUCAGGGGCGAGGUAUUGAAGACCGGCAGUCCCAGCCACCGCCUGACCAGAUCAUCAAAGCGAAUGAUGAUUUGUCUAGAAGGUCACGGAAUCUGCCCGAUGGAGGGGUGUUGGAAGUUUCCGACAGAGUCUAUGUGUUUGAUUACUGUCUUACUUGCGAUUGGUCUUUUUCUGGCCAAAUUACCACGGACUGGUUGAAGGAUGACAGAUAUAAGUUUUACAUGAGAGACAUAGUUGCAAAACUCCAACACCAAUUUUCUGCGGCCUCUUUCAUGGUGCUCAAUUUCGGAGAGCAAUAUAACCAAAGCCCAAUGGCUGAAGUGUUGUCUGAAUAUGAUAUAACUGUCAUGGAACUCCCUCAAAAUUAUGGAGGUUGCCCUAUACCGAGAGUGGAGAUUAUCCACAACUUCUUGAGGUCUGCCGAUGAAUGGUUGUCAUCUGAUACGCAACAGAACGUGCUGUUGAUGCAUUGUGAAAGAGGUGCAUGGCCAGUUUUGGCAUUCAUGUUGGCUUCUCUCUUGUUAUAUAGGAAGAAGCAGGAUGGGGAGCAGAAAACACUUGACAUGAUUUACAAGAAAGCGCCCCAUGAACUGUUGCAGCUGACAUCAACACUGAAUCCGUUGCCUUCCCAGCUGAGAUACCUUCACUAUGUUUCCACACAGAAUGCUGGUUUAGAUUGGCCUCCACAGGAUAAGGUGCUUGUGAUAAAAAGUGUUGUGCUGAGGUCCAUUCCUCAUUUGGAUGCUGAAGGGGGAUGUCGUCCUAUUGUUAAGAUACUGGGACGGGACCCAUUUAUGGUUGCUGAUCAAACUGCCAAAGUUCUGUUCUCAACACCCAGAAGGAGUGAACACGUUAGGCAUUACAAACAGGCAGAUGGUGAAACAGAUAAAUUGGACAUCCAUUGUAAUGUUCAAGGCGAUGUUGUGCUCGAGUGUAUGAGUUUGGAUGCUAAUCUUGAACAUGGAAAAUCAAUGUUUCGUGCAAUGUUUAAUCGGAUAAUGUUCUGA